AUGGGUAUCACCUACUUCGACGAGGGCCUGCCGGUUUCAAUGUCCGUGGUGCAGUAUGUCUAUGCCGCUUGGUUUCUGCUGGAGCUAUUGCUUCGAAUCCGAGCCGACGGCCGGAACUUCAUUUUCAGUCCCGACUGGUCCUGGAAUUUGCUGGAUAUUUUUGUGGUCAUCACCUCACUAUGGGAAGUCGCUGCCGAGCUCGUCUACACAAUUUUGCAGAAUGACAUCGGAGACGUCGCCGGCAUGAGCAGCCUCAAAGCCUUUCGCAUCAUUCGCGUCACGCGAGUCGUCAAGGUGGUCCGCUUGAUGCGAGUAUUCCGCUUUGUGAUGGCUUUUCGGACCCUCAUCACAUCGAUUGCGGAUACGUUGAAGUCUCUGUUUUGGGCCCUCAUGCUGCUCGCCGUGAUUGUCUACGUCUUUGCAGUCCUGUUCACGCAAGCCGUGAACGACUAUGUGUUGGACCCCGACAAUCCGACGCUUCCAGACCGGGAAUUGGAAGCCAGUGAACGAUACUAUCGUUCGCUUUAUCAUACGAUGUUGAGCCUCUUCAUGGGCGUGUCCGGCGGUAUCAACUGGUCUGAGGUCAUGGCACCUUUGCUGGAGAUCUCGCCAAUCUGGGUUUUUAUGUUCUUGUUUUACAUCUGUUUCACGUAUUUCGCGGUCUUAAAUGUGGUCACUGGAGUCUUCUGCCAGACAGCCAUCGAAAGUGCUCAGAAUGACCACACCGCGGUCGUGCACUCCAUCCUCAAGAACAAGCAAGCGCACGUUGAGAAGAUCCGAGCACUCUUCAACUCUAUCGGCGACGACCAAACAGGUAUCAUCACCUUUGCCAUGUUCGAAGAGAAAAUCAACUCGCCGGCUGUGAAAGCCUACUUCGAAGUUUUGGGUCUCGAUGUGUGGGAU